AUGACACCACCUGUGCUGGACGUAGAACUUAUAAGAAGGCUUUAUCCCUUUUUAAGGGGAACAUGGGAACAUUAUGAAAAUUUCGAUACAUCUGCUGAGAUUACUGUGAAGAACCAAAUAUACGAUAAAUUCUGUAAGGAACUUAAAGAUUAUAUUAAACCAUAUCAAGAUAAGUUCUAUGAUUUAUGUUUUAAAGUUGUAAGAAAUCUGGGUAUAUUUUGUAAUGAUUCCCAAGUUUGCAAGUCUGGCUCAAAUCACUGUAAUAAUUUAAACAUCUGGUUAUAUAAUUACAAAAGAAAAAAUCAUAUUCAUAGUAAUCUUAUUAGUUACAUUUUCAAACUUAUUAAAAAUAUAUCUACUAGAAUAGGAUAUAAUAAUAAUUGUCCUUACUAUUCUUACGAUACAAAUUUUUUUGAACCACUUGUCAUUACAGUUAUACAUAUAUUUCAGACGAAUAUAGAUGUCAUUGUGAAAACUUUGCUUGAGCAUGAUGAUUCAUUAAAGUGCUCGUGUCGAGAAUUUGUUCAUAAAGUGGUAAAACUAUAUAAAGGUAUGAAAGAUAAGUAUUGCUCUGGGAAGUGGACUGCAUAUCCUAAAAUAAAAGAAAGAACAUGUUCAUAUUUAAAUGAAUUUAAGAUAAUAUAUAAUGAAUAUCUUUAUAAGAAAGCUUCCUUAAAUGAAAUAAUACCAUCCUUGGAAACGGAACAAGAUGAAGUUUUAUUCAUAUGCCAAUCGAGUUAUGAAAAAAAUUUAUCAUCAUUAGUAGAUCAAAUUCUACCAGUCCCACUCGAAGAAGAUGCAGAAUUAUUCACAAUAGAAUCAGAUGAUACACUAAUCGAACCACAACAACUCGAACACCCAAAUUUAAGUUUAUAUAUAAUAAAAAUUUUACCCUACACUCUUGCUAUAUUUGCUGGAAUAUCUUCCCUUUUGCUGUUAUCUUAUAAGUUCACCCCAAUUCGUAACUUGUUUCGUUCCAGAAAAAGAGCAAAAACAACAAGAAACACUUAUAAUGAAGAUCUGGAAAAUGAAUCAUUUUAUCACAUGUCUGAUAAUAUGAAUAUAAUUUCAUAUAAUCAGAGAUAUGACAUAACAUAUGGAAAUUUAUGA